UCUCAUCAGUGGCAUGUGGCUGAUAUCCAGAAGAUACCCAGUUCCUGCAGUCCCCAGGGGUACAGUGUAUAGAAUGAGCAGGCCUGUUUUAGAGAUCCAUCAGUCUAGAUGCUACUCUUCUGGAGGAAGAAAAGGUUUUAUAUCGGGUUUCGUGGAGAACAUCAAACAGGAAUUAGCAAAAAACAAGGAGAUGAAAGAAAGUAUUAAAAAAUUUCGAGAUGAAGCAAAAAAGCUAGAAGAAUCUGAUGCGCUUCGAGAAGCAAGGAGGAAAUAUAAAACCAUUGAAUCUGAAACAGUGAAGACCUCAGAAGUGAUUAAAAAGAAACUUGAAGAAAUAACUGGUACAGUUAAAGAGAGUUUGGAUGAAGUAAGUAAAAGUGAUAUUGGCCGAAAGAUAAAGGAAGGUGUGGAAGAAGCAGCAAAAACAGCAAAGCAGUCUGCGGAGUCAGUGACAAAAGGAGGAGAGAAAUUAGGCAAGACAGCAGCCUUCAAAGCUAUUUCUCAGGGAGUAGAAACCGUUAAGAAGGAAAUAGAUGAAAGUGUUUUAGGGCAGACUGGUCCUUACAAACGUCCGGAGCGACUACGAAAAAGAACAGAAUUCUCAGGCGAGAGGAUUAAAGAGGAGCGAAUAUUUGAAGCUAAUGAGGAGGCCAUGGGUGUGGUGCUGCAUAAAGACUCAAAAUGGUAUCAGCAGUGGAAAGAUUUCAAGGACAACAAUGUGGUCUUCAAUAGGUUCUUUGAAAUGAAAAUGAAGUAUGAUGAAAGUGAUAAUGCAUUCAUUCGAGCUUCCAGAGCUGUCACAGACAAAGUCACUGACUUAAUAGGUGGAUUGUUCUCGAAGACAGAAAUGUCUGAGGUUUUGACAGAGAUACUCAAAGUGGAUCCAUCCUUUGACAAAGAUCGGUUUUUAAAGCAAUGCGAGUAUGAUAUAAUCCCCAAUGUCUUGGAGGCUAUGAUGUCUGGAGAGCUUGAUAUCCUCAAAGACUGGUGCUAUGAAGCGACUUACAGUCAGCUUGCUCAUCCGAUCCAGCAAGCCAAAGCCAUGGGUCUCCAGUUCCACUCCAGGAUUCUUGACAUCGACAACAUCGAUCUGGCUAUGGGGAAGAUGAUGGAACAGGGACCAGUAUUAAUCAUCACUUUCCAGGCUCAGGUCGUGAUGGUAAUUAAGAACCAGAGAGGGGAAGUGGUGGAAGGUGAUCCGGACAAGGUUCUGCGGAUGCUGUACGUGUGGGCGCUCUGCAGAGACCAGGAUGAGCUCAACCCAUACGCCGCAUGGAGGUUAUUGGACAUUUCCUCGUCGAGCACUGAGCAGGUUCUCUGAGAAGAAUCACAUCCAAGGGCUUCCAUACCUCUCUUGAAGCAACACCGUCUCUGAACUCACACCAAUCUGCCGUAGGAUGGACCGUGGAGAGGAGAGGCUGGACCGGUUCCCUGUCAGAAGAACAGGCUAUUCCGUGUACCCUCAUUAUACCAACCCCUGUAACGAACUGGACGAUUCUGACAUAUCUGCCUUACGCUUUGCUGUGUAGUAUCGCACUGUAAGGAUGUACGGUAGAUUUGAACGUGAAUGCUCUAAGACUCUAGCAGCUGCUGUUGGCUCCUUUUUUAAUUGUGGCCGAAGGAGGCUGGUUUGGGUCCUGUGUGUUUCCCAGGGAUGGGCAGAGGUGCGUAUCGGAGAGUGAGAUGCGGCAGGUCUAAUUCCCAUGUGCUGUCGUCCUCUGGUGGCCUCAAAGCAUCCCUGAAAAGAUCUUAGAGGUGCUUUUGAGGCACGUUGGUCUUAGCUAACCUACAUCUCUUGUACAAAGUCGCACCAAUAAGCCUUCUGUUGCUGCAGUGUCUUGCACUUUACCAAACCAAAUACAAUCGGGACUUUGCACAUGACUCUGUGUUGAUGUGGAGCAGAGUUGGGAUGCAGA